AUGGAGGCCAUCAAUAUCGACGAUACCUUUGGUGCGAUGCUCAUCGGCGCGUUGGUCACAAUGCUCACCUACGGAAUUACAACGCUACAGGCGUAUUUUUACUUCAUGACCUACCCACAAGAUAGUUCCGGGAUAAAAUCUUUUGUGGCGUUAAUAUGGGGUUUGGAUACAGUCCACGUCGUAUUCAUGUGCCAUGCUAUACACUGGUAUUUGAUCGCUGGAUUCGGAAAUCCUGCCCAUUUAGUAGAAGGAACAUGGUCUCUCUUUGUGAGUAUUACUAGCAGCUCAAAAGGCGACGUCCUCGCUACUGGUCAAUGUGAUAAUAAGCUUCCUGAAUGUGAUCUCUAUAAUUUAGCUUCUUCGCUCAACGGAUACACCGGUGUACGCUCUCUUUCCACUUUAACCUACUUUCCCGCAGUUUUUCACCGUGGCUUCUCAGUGUGUCCCAAACCGUACAAGUGGUGGAUGACUUCUGUUAUCGGCUCGAUGCUCUUCGCCCAUUUUUGUUUUGGCUUAGAAACUGUCGGUCAAUUUUUCGUCAAGAAAGAAUUUAGCAGGCUCAACGAAGCCUUUUUUGUUGCUGUGUUACCGUUUGGCAUCACUGCCAUUCUUUCCGAUAUUUUAAUCGCUCUCGGCCUAUGCCUUCUGCUUGAGCGGAGCCGGACGGAUUUCGCAAACACAAACUAUCUGAUUAAGACUCUCAUUGGAUAUGCGAUUACACGUUGUCUACUGACAUCACUGGUGGCUGUUGUUGAAGUUAUUGUCUUCGUUACCAAGCCUACCUCCUUCUACUCUUUCGCUAUUGAUUUUGUUAUCGGGAAGCUAUGGUCAAAUUCGCUGCUGGCAUCACUGAACUCACGAAGAGCUUUGCGGGAUACCUUCAAUAGAAAGGAUAGUCGCUCUACAUCCACAAGUUUCCGUAUAGGAUCGCCAGGGUUUGGCACAACAGAUGCUGAACCUGGCCAGAUCAGUCUUGUUCGAGUAAGCGAUGUUUCGUAUACCAAUUUUUUGGACUUUCUCACUGUCUUUCGAAGAUACCGAGGCAAGGCGAAAGCAAAAGCUCCGGUGAAGAAAGCGGUUCAUGCACUAAAAUCAGCACGCAAGCAAGCCGACAGUCUUCUGAAGUUCGGUUUAGCGUGGUUGACACUCAACGAACACAGUGACGAUUAUUCUGAUGGUAGCAACUACAUUCUUUAUAUUGGCGACUACUUAAUAUCCUUCAAUUUCAUACAGGAUAUACCCAUCUUGAAGGAAGGCGCACGCUAA